UUCCACCACUUAACAUCUGCUUAUUGUUUACUGGCUGGUCCAGGUCGCUGCACUUGGCGAAUAUGACCCUUGGGUCCGAGCCUGGAAUGGGCGGCUGCGCUUCAGCGGGGAGGUGUGUCUGCCGGACUGAUUAAGCCACACCGAGCCAAGCAGCGGGGAGAUUGGCGUUGUCUCCUGCCCGCUGUCGUGCCUCCACAGUGAAAUCAGUAACACGAUCGGGAAGGUCCUGAAAGGCAGGAAAGUCAAUCAAGGGUGCAUCAGAAGUGGAGGCAGAGGGAGGGAGAGACUGAGAAAGAGAAAGCGCAUCUGUCAGCCCGCGGACGGGACCGGAGCAACAAGAAGUGAAACACACAAAAAAAUCAAAAUCAGAAAAGUCACUUCAAUGAAGGGCACUCGCGCCCCACCAGAAAGAAGAAGAAAGCGUGGGAGGGAGUGAAAGAGGACGAGCCGAGACCACCGCACCAGGACCACAGAACAGGACGAAUCUUUUAACUCUGGAGCUGAAAGUCAAACCAUGGACUCUGCGCAACAGCAGCACUCUCUGGCAAGCCACAAUGGUCCCUGCUAACCUGCUGGUUCUUAUGGUUCUGCUGGUACCAGACGUCUUGCUGGGUUAUGAGGGUAAGCUGAGAUCUGGGAUGAGCCCAAGAAAGGAACCGAGCCUGGUGCAAUCCAUCCAAACGCUUCUCUUAAGCAGGCUCGGCCUGCAGGACCGCCCGGCCCCCCGCUCUGACAUCCACGUGCCUCAGUAUCUGAUGAACCUGUACCACUUCCAUUCUCUCGAAUUCCAUCGGAUCCAAGACUCCACGUUCAACUUCCCUUUCUCGCACACCCAGAGGGCCAACACUGUCCGUGCUUUCCAACACCAUGAGGCUCCUGUGGAUUUCCAUUCCAGCCAGCAGGACUCUGACCAUUUCUACUUUGCCUUCAACGUUUCGUCAAUUCCUCAGGAUGAAGAGGUCACCUCCGCUGAACUCCGCUUCUACUGCAAAGGCAACAACGAACUUGAAAGCUCCAGGUUGCAAACUUUGAACUUGUAUCACAUCCCUGACCUCCAGUUUAAAAAGCAGCCCCUGCUCCUGGAGUCACGUCAAGCUGGCCUACUUUCGGGUGUAGACACGUGGCAGAGCUUUUCCAUCAAUGCGUCAUUUUUCAACAAGCCUGACUGCCGAGAAACUAUCUUGACAUUCAUGUUAGAGCUGAGGCCCAACGAUGAGAGUCCACCCACCAAGAAAAGACUCAACCUUAGGGUCCGGAGGUCAGCUGAACAGGACGAAUCUAGCUGGGCGCAUGAGAGACCUCUGCUGGUGACCUAUAGCCAUGAUGGCCGUGGGCAGCCGUUAGCACAAAGAGGUGUGAAAGGCUACCACCCAAAACAUCAAGUUCUCCAUCGUAAAAAUGAGGGUCACAAAAGAAGCAAAGAUGGACGAGAGAGGGGUAAGAGAACAAAAAGAAAUGGCAGGAACAAAAAACUUAAAAAGAUGGCAAUGGCCCGGUGCAAGAGACACCCACUCUUUGUGGAUUUCAAGCACGUCGGUUGGAAUCAGUGGAUUGUGGCUCCCACAGGGUAUCAUGCCUACUACUGUCAUGGAGAAUGCCGUUUCCCCUUGGCAGACCACAUGAACUCUUCAAGUCAUGCCAUGGUCCAAACCCUAGUGAACUCAGUCAAUGGGAAGGUGCCGCAGGCUUGCUGUGUGCCCACUGAGCUUAGCUCAAUUGCCAUGUUAUAUCUGGAUCACCAGGACCGGGUGGUCCUUAAGAAUUAUCAGGACAUGGUAGUGGAGGCGUGCGGCUGCCGGUGAAGACCCGGCAAUGGCAAUUGGAAGGGUGAAGGACAUGUAGGGCAGCAAAGAACGGAGAAGCCGCCUACUCGGUGACACUUUAAUCGGGCUGGGGUGCCUGAGAAAUUAAGUGUUGCCACUCGCCAAAAGUAUGUACGUGCCCAAAAUGAGGUGGGUGACUGAAAUCCCACUCUGCCAUCGUUUAAAUGAAGGUCUUGGUAUCCAAGAAGAAAAACUGUCAAGAGUGCAAGUGUGUUCUGGUAACGUGUGCCAUAAACGGUUACGUGGUCACUGGAAUCUGAAGCGUUGAAUCGGAGAGGCAGUUUCAUCAAAGGGGGCUUUAAAUAACUGAAUACGUUGCCAGCAGAUUUGUUUCUUUUCUAUCAGCCUUAGGUACUGUAUGGCUUCUUUGACACUACACCUUUAAAAAUGUAUCCCUCGACAAAGGCCUACUCUUCUUUGCUCUUCACAGUUGUCAAUUAUACUCUGCUGAAAGGAAAUUAUUAAAAUUAGAAUACAUUUUUA